CUGGCUAGGCGGAUCCCAGGAAGUGCAGUCGGGCGACCCCAGUUCUCCAGGCGUCCUCACUUUGUUUUGUGGGCCCGGACUCCUCGUCGGAAGAGUCACAGAGCAUGGUAUCAGCCUUUGAGGGGAUGGUCCGGAGCGUGGUCCGGGAGCUAGACCGCAGCGGGGAGCUCAUCCCUGUGGACAGCCUUCAGAGCUCUACUGGCUUCCGGCCCUAUGGCCUGGUGAGCAGGAAGCCCUCAAGCUCCUGGUUCUGGAGACCCCGUUACAAGUGUGUCAACCUGUCAAUCAAGAACAUCCUAGAGCCUGAUGCCCCAGAACCAGGUUUAGAGUGCAGCGGCCCCUUCCUCUUCUACGAUGCCAUGGAUGGGAAGCUGCAGGGCAAGGUGGAACUGGCAACCCCAGGACAGGGGAAGAUCUCAGGGGGGGCAGCAGUAUCUGGCAGCUCCAGCGCCUCGAUGGACGUGUGCACCCUGCGUGUGGACCCCAACACCUGGGAGACCAUGCACCAAGAAAGGCGCCUGCGGCAGCCAGAACACAAAAUCCUACAGCAGCUGCGGAGUCGAGGGGACGAUGUAUAUGUGGUGACAGAGGUGCUGCAGACACAAAAGGAGGUGGAAGUCACACGGACCCACAAGCAAGAGGGCUCAGGACAGUUUGCGCUACCCAUGGCCAUGUGCGUGCAGGGUGAGGGUCAAGGCCACCUGAGCCGUAAGAAGACAGUCACCAUUCCUUCAGGCACCAUCCUUGCCUUCCGAGUGGCCCAGUUGGUUAUUGGCUCCGACUGGGACAUCCACCUCUUCCCAGAUAAGAAGCGGAGGACCUUCCAGCCCCCCACUACAGGCCCAAAGCCUUCUGGGAGUGCAGACAGCGGGGGGCAGGACAUCUUUGGCCUCCUCUUGAAAGGGUCCAUCUGUGGCCACCGAAAGUUCCUGACAGAUGGACCCUCUGAGGAGUGGGAGGUCACUGACAACUUUCAGGGCCUAAAGGCCGAGGUGGCAGCCAGGUCCGUGGAGCUGGAGCACAUGGAGAGGGAACUGAGUCGUCAGCUAUUGGGGGGCCUGGCAGGGGUGCUGCAGAACAAGCCAGCCCUGCAAGCAUUAGAGGAGUCACUGGAGCAGGGCUUGUGCUGUGGGCAGCCAAAGCCCCUGGCUGGCCCAGAGAGUGCUGUCCUCGAGUGCUUGGUGUUCCCUUCUGGGGCGUUGGUGGAGGAGCUUGCCAUCCCCAUCUUCUAUCUGCUGGGGGCCCUAUCUGUGCUGAGUGAAACCCAGUGCAUGCUGCUGGCCAAGGCGCUGGAUACAGAGGCCCUGCCCAGGCAUUGUGAGCUGGUGGGCAGCCUCUUGGAGCGGGCCCUGUGGCAUGAGUACAGCACUAUGUCCCUGCCACCAAGACUACUGGGGAGCAACUGGCACAAGGGGGCACCUGCCUGGGUCCUACUGGAGGAAUGUGGCCUGGUGCUGCAGGUAGAUGGCCCCCAUGUGUGCUGGGAGCCGCAGGCCCAGGGCCCCACCUGUGCACUUUACGCUUCCCUUGUGCUGCUAUCAAGGUUGAGCCAGGAGUCCUGCUAGAGUGUACCCUGCAUGCCAAAGCAGCUGUCCAGGCAGUCUGGGCCCACCCAGCCAAAAACCCAGGAUCCCUGCUCAACCAUGUGGCUUGCUGACCAUGGCACUGGGAGUUGGGGAAACUCAAUAAAUGUGACAUGUGGAGGAAAGACGA